AUGAAAAACCUGUCUGUAAGCGUGGAGCCGUAUACAUCUUUCUUCGACGAUGCCAGUGACGACAACUUCGCGACCACGGUCGAGACGAUCGUUGAUGGCAGCGGUGGGUCGACGCGUUACAAGUCGAUCGACAACCUCCAGGGCCUUAUCCUGGGAACGAGCCUCGUCAUCCUUAUCAUCGUCACCAACCUGAUCAGCCUCGGCGCCUUCGCUGUCGAGAAGCGUCUUCGCACCUACAACAACUACUUCAUCAUCAACCUCGCCCUCUCUGAUCUCGUCCUAGGGAUCCUCCAAAUCGUCGGCGUCAUCCACACGUUCACCGGUUACUUUCCAGGUAGCCCAGAAUUCUGCAAGGUCUACCUAGGUCUGCGGUAUUCAAUGUUCUCCGUCUCCGUUGUCGGUGUCGUCAUCAUCUGCAUCGAUCGACAUCGUGCGACCUACGACCCCAUCAACCACUAUAUGACAAAAAGCAAGCGCAAAGCCGUCAUCCUUAACAUUCUACCCUGGGUCAUCUCCUUCAGCUUCUGGAUGUUUUACACCACCGUCUGGGACUUCAUCGUUGAUUCCAACUCCACGAAGAGCUGCCUCGCCUCGUUCGCGAGAUACCCCGUCGCCAACAUGUUCCAGACUGCCUUGACCUUCUUUCUCCCGCUCGCAGUCAUAUCUGUUCUCUAUCUCCGAAUCUACAUCAAGAUCAAGGAAACGGUCGGAGGCAGGAGUAUCAACAAGCAAUUCGGGGAACAUGGUGGAGGUGAGAUGUCGAAGUCGACCAGCCUGACGACUGUCUCUAGUGAUUUGUCAUCCAGUGGAACGGUAGAGAUGAAGGAAUCGAGCGCUCAAGUGAAAACCAACGGCGACACCUCCGGCAAAGGCGGAAAGGUGGAAGCCGAUAGUAAUCGUCCUGCUACUGCCAACCGCGAAUCCACCAAUGAAAUGCAGAAGGCCACCCGUACCCUAUCCUACAUCGUGUUUUCAUUCGCGAUCACCUGGCUCCCCAAUUCCAUCAUCUAUUUCCUGUACGCCAUCGAUCCAGAGCUCAUCGCUUACGAGAAGUUGCCCAGAGAUUUGAAACAGUUCUUCGUCUGGGUUCAAUACGCAAACAGCUUCUUUAAUCCUAUCUGUUACUUGGUGUCGCAGCCGCUCUUUCGAAAGACGAUCGUCAACAUGUUGUGCCGCCCUCGCCGUUACUGCUAG